AUGGAAAAACCUCCAAAUGCGAAAAAAAACAUUUUAAAAUUAUUUAUUAAAGCAUUAAAAUUUAAUUGCGUUAUAAUUGUUGCCGCCAAAAUUAUUAGCGCUAAAAGCGGCAUUUCCCGGCGCCAAUACGGACGCCGUACCUUUACGGGAAGCCGCGCGAUUUUUUUAAUAUUGCAACUUUUAAGCCAUUUCCUAAAACCAUUUAAAAAGUUUAACGCAAGCUUUAUUGCUAAUUACGUUUUUGCAAUAAAUAUAUUUAAAAAACCCCGUACAAUUAUCGAAGCAUAUCGGUAUACGGGGGUUAACGGUAUAAUUUUAAUAUAUUUAAUAACCAAAAUAAUAGCUACAAAAUACCGCACGCUCCGUAUAAUUGUUUUUAAAAAAAGGCAAAUAAAUAAAGUUUUAAUUAUCGCUUUAUUAAAAAUCGAUAACUUCCCGCAACGGGAGCGCGUUACGAAUAUUUAUAUAAAGCGAAAAAAAGGCAAUCUACCGGUUAAAUUUAAAUGUUUAAAAGGAACGGCCAAAUACCGAUUACUUACGGUUACAAUCGUUAAAGUUAUUAAAAUGGUUAUUAAAUGUAUAAAAAGGAAAAAAAAAGCCGGUUUUUCCAAGCGUUACCGGGCAUUGGGGCGGUUUAACGGGAUAUCCUUAAAUUGUACGAAAGCGUUUGGAGCGCGAAAGAUUUAA